AGGAGCUGAGCAAAUAUAAAUGAUAAAAGGCUACAGAUGAAAGGGGAAAGUAUCUUCAAUCUUGAACCUAUGGGAAAUGGUUGUUGCUUGCUAACGUUCACAAGCACCGCGUUAGCAACAAAAUAGCCUAAACGUUUCCUUGAAAAUGUCUAAAAUGCAGCUGUUGCAGGAUUAUCUAAACGAGCGGUUAACAGCGGUGGCUGUUGAGAUAUUUGGGGCAGUGGAAAAUACCAUAGCAGACUACCAGGCAGAAAUCUCCCGUUCAAAUGAGGAGAUUGAACGUCUACGGAGGCUGCUGGAUUUGGUUUUCCAACCCGACAUAAAGCUACAGAAAGCAGACCCCCCGCAGCUCACGCUCCUUGUCCCUGAAGAGGAGGUUCUUGCUGAGAAGCAGCACUGUGAGCAGGAGUGGAGCCCCAGUCUGGGCCAGGAGGACCCAGAGCCCACUCAGAUUAAAGAGGAACAGGAGGAGUUUGGGACCAGUCAGGAGGAAGAGCAGCUUCAGGGGCUGGAGUCUGAUAUCAAAGAGGUCAUAUUCUCUCCUCAAUUUUCUUCCCAGCCCUCACAUCAUCCCCAAACCCAAACUGUGGAGAACAGAGAGAGGGACGCUCUACCCACCAAAACAACUGAAGAGAUCAAAACGGAACCGGAUGGAGAGGGCUAUGGAGGAUCUGAAGCAAACAAUGAAUUACAGCCCCUCUCUCCAGUAAAUUCUGACUGUUCUGCAGCUCAUAUUGGGAACAGUGAAAGGGACAGUAUAGGGCUAAUGUCAGGGUUACAGCCACUCAAAUCAAAGACCACAUGGACAAAUAAAGUACAAAGCUCUAUUAAGACCAGGGAAGCCAGUGAGUUGAAAGUUCCAUUGAGGGUGGCUCACUCAGGGGAGAGACCACACAGGUGUCCCGUCUGCAGGAAAUGCUUUCUGAAAAUUAGCAUUUUAAAAACUCAUCAGAGAAUUCACACUGGGGAGAAACCAUAUUGUUGCAAUGUAUGUGGCAAAUGCUUCAGCCGGAUGGGACACCUGACUGAGCAUAUGAGAACUCACACGGGGGAGAAACCAUAUCAGUGCAAAGAAUGUAGCAAAUGCUUCAGCCGGAUGAGAAACCUGACCGUUCAUAUGAGGACUCACACAGAUGAGAGACCAUAUAAGUGCCCCAUGUGUGUAGAAUGCUUCAGAUCAGCAAGUCAUCUAAAAUGGCACCAGCGAAGACAUCACACAGGAGAGAAACCACGUUGCUGACUUUGUGGUAAAUGCUUCACUUGUAAGAACUGAGGAGGAGAAUGAACCCAGAGGGAUAAACAUGACAAUGCUGCUGGGGCAAAAUUGUACUCUCACUUGUAGGAGGACCUUUCCAUUGUAAAACACUGAUGUUUCAUAACCCUUCUGAGCAUGGCACAAAUAUAUAUACUAUAAUACGUUUUUCAGAACCUAGUAGUUAUUUGGCAAUUCUAGCAUUAUUUGCACGCAAAAUCACAAUUUAUAUGUCUCACAGAAUGGACAAACAAAAUGUAAAUUAAACUUUUGAUGUGCGUGUCUAUAAUACCCCUUGGGGGAGUGUUUACCCCCUAAAAGUCGACUUGUAAAUAUUGACAUGAUGGGCAAAUAAGAAGUGUUCUGGAUGUUACACACCCUCUGUUCUGGAUGUUACACACCCUCUGUUGUGGAUGUUACACACCCUCUGUUGUGGAUGUUACACACCCUCUGUUGUGGAUGUUACACACCCUCUGUUGUGGAUGUUACACACCCUCUGUUGUGGAUGUUACACACCCUCUGUUGUGGAUGUUA